ACACACCACACACACACACACACACCAACGCUACGUAGAGCACGAGACGAGCGCCAAAAAUCGUUCGAUAUCCGCUCGAAUUUCCGGCGGUUUUCUGUGAUGUAAAGUAACAAAUCGCUAUAAAUUUCUCCUGUAUCAUCUUGAAAAUUAUUGGAACAUGGUGGAAUUUCCGCUGGGAUAUCGCGAAGUCGUGCCGGAUCAAACUCUGCCGGAAAAAUGGAAGGAGAUCACCCUGAACACAGGUGGAAGCCAAAGUACGUUACAGGAUAUAAAGGUACCAGAAAGGGCUGGCGGUUACUCGUACAGAGACUCAUCAAAGUAUUUUACUCGUAAUCGUUUCAUUUAUUGGCGUAUUUGUCAUGAUGUACUCGAAUUGAUUGAGCAUAGUCUUGACAUUAAUCUCGCCAACUGUCGAGUCAGAUACAAAUUUACGGAUACCCCAAUUUUGGAUGGAAUUUCUAUUCAUGAGACAAUUAAUUCUGUCAUUAUCCUGAUUGUCACCGUUUCCAGUGUUCACAAACUUACCUUUUCUCACCCAGAUAAAAUUCACAAACAAGAAAACUUAUUGGGUACAUAUACAGAUCUCAAUGUACAGUCUAUAUUCAGUGAAGCUUCUGCACAAAAUGCCAGAGAUCCUCAUACAUUUCACAUCAUUUCCAACGCUGGAACCACAAACUCUCCAGUGCCCCAUGCAGCAGCGUCGUGGCUUACAUUGCCACAGGAAGAAGCACUAUUUGCUCUUGCCUACAAUUCAGCAACUAUAUUACUUCUGAGGCUCGACUCACUCACAGGUCUUGUACAUACCAGUGAAUUGAAACAAGAUUCGAUAGUGCCCAAAUUUCUGAGCGGUAUAGCCACAGCGUUUAGAGGUCGUAAUACCGAAGCUCACGUUGCCAUGUCCCUCGUUAUACACAGUUACGGUAGCGAUACGUAUUUGUUCGCGUUAUGUCGAGAAGGUAACGUACGUGUAUGGUCUUGUAAUAAGACGCAGUGCGUAGCUGUGAUGGACGCGGCAAUCGAGAAUCGCAUUGUGUCUCGAAGCGCGCAAGGUCACGUCUUGAGGAAAGCGCUGGGCACCGAUAACGAAUUGUAUCUCGGAACAUUUUUAAAAUUCAGCGGUGGAUGCGAAUUUAGCAUUCUGAAGCCUAUGCAAGAUAACGGCAUAUUCAAGUUUGUUAGAUUAUGUACGUUAUACGCGCCGGAUCAACACCUGGUAGAUUUUGCAUUCACACCGACCAGAUUGUGGGCAGUGUGGAGAACGGCAGACAUGGACGCCGUGGCGGUUACGCACGCACAAUUAUCGCUGAAUGGCACGCAACGUAUUAAUUCCGAAUGGGAGACCACAAUUUUGGAACAAGCGCGCGACAGAGAUUACAUUGUAACCGAUCCUGGAACCGAUCCGAGGCAAGCAUAUAUAAAUUACAUUUUUCAUCCUGGACAAUUCUCGUUGGUGGACAUCACGAAAGCGCUAAGUAUCUACAGAAGAUCCAACGUAAUAGCAGAAAUGACUUUUUCACCGGCUGUCUUAAAGGAGAGAGUGUGUAUGGCGGUGGAGGCCGAAAUACAGGCGGAAGUGAUGGAUUCCGCCGAUUUACAGGCGGAUGUGAUUAUGGAUGAGGAUUAUCUCGAAAUCGCUAACCGAUGCUGGUCGAAAUUUUAUUCGUGCGUCGUUCAAUAUCACGCUAACGGUACUCGUCCUGUAGGUCUACUGUUACUGCCGAGCGUUUACGGCAUUGUCUUAUUGAAAAAAUCAUCCUUAUCGCUUUUGAGACCCAUGGAAGCUUUAGAACAUUUAGUGUUUUGCAACGACAAGUCUUACACAUCCCGUUUCAAAACAACGCCUGUUCUAUCGCAAGACGAAGACACGUGCCAAGAUCUAAUUACGCUAAUGUCCGCGUUGGUCAUAUUGGGAGAACAAUUGUCUGAAGAAACUAAAACUGAAAUUGAGAGAGAUUUGUAUCAUCUUAGAAGUCCCGAUAUUAUAAUCGAUGAUUUGCUGUCAAAAUUGAUGUUGGAACCCGACGAUCCGCUAUCGGAUUUCGAUUUCCAAUCGGAGCUCUAUCACAAACUAAGUAGUGUCAAGGAUAUAUCGGGCGCUAUGGCCAUGUUGCUUGAUGCUUUAACGUACGAUCUUGGACAACCGAGUAAGCUGCAAUUCGAGAACGAUCACGAUGCCUCAAGAAUCUUGUUAAACGUCAAUCAUCUAUUCGGCAGCCAGAUGGGAAUUUCCGCGAUUGCGGAAACCAUAACGCAAAUAGCGCUUUUGAGAUUCUCCAUCUGCAGAGAUCUAUUGAUCUUACAGCAGUUCAUAUUAUUGCGUCCCGAGAUAUUUGACUCGAGUUCCUUGCAUACCAUAAAAUCAUCGUUAGCGCCGAGAACCGUUGUACUUACUCAAGCUUACUAUGUCGUUACAUGGAUAUGUGAAUCUACGGCAACAUAUACUCCUUCGCAAUCCUUACUCGAAUCCAGCUCGCAGCGUCUUUCCAUGUUGAAGCUCGUUGAUCCACGAAUCAACGUCGGACAAAGGCAGCAUCGAUCCCUGUCGCUCUUAGAACUGUUUAUCCAUAGCAGUGGUGGGAAACAUGCUCAUAUGUUGAUGGCUCAAGCGAAUAUGGAUCCGAUGACUCUAAUACCUUGGCAUUAUAGUAUGCUGACGCAUGUAACGCUUAUCGCGCAACUUAUAUGGCCGAUAUCCGGAAAUUUUAUCUUUCCCGAAUGGUUACUCUCAAGUUGUCAAUUCCUGCUUGUUCAAGAAUAUGUGAGACUUCUGAACACGUGGUGCGAGUGGAAUAGCGCCUCAAGGAAGUUUAUCCUAGCCAUUGCAUUACUAGAAAUGGGAGAGAUGCAAAAGGCGUGCGAUAAUUUCCUUCGUGCUUCCAAUGGAAUUUUGACUGACGUAUUUUUGGUGGACGCCUUACUCAACUCUAACGUAACAUCAAGAAACAAGGAUUUGGUCCAUUAUUAUCUAAAGGUUAUCAAAUUGUUUGAGGAACACAACGCAUCCGAUUGUAUCAUAGAAAUUGCCGAGACGGCUAUAGCGACCGCCGACAUGGAUGACCCAAAUUUGCCGACGCUCCAUUCAAUAAUAUUCGCGCAACACCUGGGUCUAGGUCACCACGCAGAAGCUUACCAUUGCCUGAACGCAAAUCCAGACGCUGCACGUAGAGUGGAUUGUUUACGGCAAUUGGUCGUAACGUUAUUCGAGAAAAAAUUGUUAAUAGACUUAAUUUCUUUUCCCUACGUCGAUAUGUAUGAGGAUCUCGAGAGAAUAGUAGAGGGCAGAGCCAGAAGCGUCGAUCUUAUGGAAAAUAAUUAUUAUAACUUCUUAUAUAGUUUUCACGUCAAUAAACAAAACAUGCGGAAAGCCGCAUCCGUAAUGUACGAACAAGCUAUGCGUUUAAGUCAGGAACCUCAUUCUGCACCGAUUAUAGCGAAGCAAGCGCAAUGUUUACUGGCGUGUAUUAAUGCCUUGUAUCAUGUAAGCGAAAAAUACAGAUGGAUCGUAAGACCUGUCGAUCAGAACAUCUCCGGCGAAUUGAAUUCGUCGAACGCGCAAAAGAAGAGAGACAUAGAUGGAAAAGAAGUGUUGCAUUACAAGAUAAAGAAGCAAGUUGAAGUCCUCGAAUUGGAUGAUAUCAAGAAAGAGUAUUAUAUAGUAGAUGCGAGAUUGAAAAUAUCGAAAGUCAAUUCGGAGAUGCAUAUAGUCGCACAUACUGAACCAUCCGAGCUGAUUAUCACUUUGUGCAGUACUGGCUUGUACACAACAGCACUACACUUGUGCGACGAAUUUAAAAUUAGUAAAGCCUCUGUACUCGAAAGUUUAACUUCUCAAUGCAUCAAAUUGAGCCAACACGAGGAUCCAAAUGCCUGGGACUGGCUAAUACAAAAUGAUAUAUUCGAUAUUGGAAUAUCUAAUACAACCAUUGCAAAUACCGCUUGGAGAUUGUUGGAAUACUUCACAUUGAAGCAUGAAAAAGACGACAACAGUGAAUUACAUAAGGCCGUUGCGCGUAAAUUAUUGCAAGAUGGAGCCUUUCUACCACAAUGGUUAUUGAUAUCGUAUAAAAAACGCAACGCUUCGGAGCUUCUUCGUCUCAUGUUGAAUACCGGCCGAUUAGUGGAAGCAAGCGAGUUAGCUGUAGAUUAUAUUAACGCGGCAUUAGGUAGCGGAAAAGAACAUUUUGGUUUUGAGACACCAUUAGUGGCUACUGCGCCACCAACCUGGUUGCCGUUUAAUACCAUCGAAGUAUUGUUAAAUGAAUUAGAAUACUUAAGUAAAAACUCCACUUAUAUAGAGAGCUACGAUAGAUUAAAUUCAACGCUGGAUAAAUAUCUAGAAACAGCGGAACGUGUUUCCGAAGAUAUGAUUAAAAUGAAAAUGAUGAGUGAACACUCCUAGUAAAUUGGACAUAUUCUGUGUAUCUAUCAUUUGCAUACCACCGCCCCUCAACUGGUCUCCUGCGAUGUACAUAUUAUCAAUUUAUGUUAUUAGUACAACGACUGAAACAGUAUCAAAAAUCAUCAUUUGCAGUUUUUGAAAUUAGUUUUCAUUUUGUACAUUCGUUAAACGUGAAUUUUCCGCUAUGUAAUAAGGGAAUUUGUUUGUAUAAUGAUUUAAAGUGCCAAGAAAUGAAUUAUACUACACUUUACACAUCUUGUUAGAGUACAGUUUAUGGUAAGGGUGCUUUGUUGAAUGUCGAGUAUUUUUGUUAAUUUUAAAUUAUUGUUAUAUUUGUAUAUGUAUACCUCAAUAUUUAUUAUUAUAUUUUCUAUAUCUCAAAGAUCAUUUUUUUUUUUC